AUGUGCUGCGACGAAGAUCGAUUAUCUCGAAGCCGGACCAUGAGGAACCGCCAGCGUCCUGCAUCGAUGCAAACACCUGGUAGGUCCAAGUCACUGUUGGUCGACUAUUCCAAACAACGAGUGCCCAUGGUAGAGGAGGAACUCAAGGCGUUGGACGAUAUCCUAAUAGGUACCAGCAGCCAUCACUCCAAGGGAACCUUUGGAGGAGACGACAAUGAUGACGAGGAUGACUUUUUCCAUGACAGCUUUGCCAAGGAGAAUAAUGACAGCUUUAACAUGACUGAUACCCCCUCGCUCACCAUGAUGAUUGCGGGAGGGAGAAGAGGCAGUAUGGUCAAGGCCAUUCAAGAAGACCAAGAAGUCUCCAACAGUUCCUUGGGGAUGCCUGAUUUGGCACCCAUGGAAGAAAAGGGAUCUGACCAACCAGCAAAGCAAGGAGAAGAGGAAAUUUCCCACAAUUCCUUCUCUGCCAACGAUACUACUUCAAACGACUGUCCCGCCACUCCACGAAGGAACACACGCAACAACCGAAGAAAUCUCAUGGCAAGUACUCGCAUGCAUCAGAGCUUAUCCAGUCUGAAUUAUAGUGCGUCGCCCAAUGCCCUCUCUUUCUCGUUGCGUCGAAGAACAUCCGUUCGACGAGGACCCCCAACCGAAGGCGAAGGAGGAUCGUCCACGUUGGACCGAUUCCACAGCUCGCUGGCACACAUUGACUUUCAAACGGACGACUUGCUUGACUCUCCCUCGGUGCACACGACUAGGACCACGAGGACAACUAGCACGGGCACUACCCACAGCAGCAAAGUAGGAGAGGCAUCGCCCCAGCAGAAGAAUCCCUCCCGCGAUCGACGGUCCAUGUUGGUACGACAUUCCAGUGUAUCCGCCUUGGAAUCGGGAGAUCGCCAGUUCAAGGUCGAUAUUGCCAGUCCCAUCGCUACCCGGGGUGCGUCUCGAAAGUCAAUGCUGCAGAGGUCGGCAACAGUGGAGCCCCGGGGCAGUCAUCACUUGCCGGGAUCGAUUCAGAUUAGUAAACCUCGACGUUCGGCGUCCAGUCGCACCUUGGGAUCUAGUCGACACAGUACGACUAGUAACCAUGGUUCCAGCAGCCACAAUACCAAUCACAAAAGCAUCAAUGGGUCAAGUCAUCACAGCCGAAGAAGCACCAAUACUACCAGGAGCAACAACAGCAGCACCAUUGGUGGCAGCAGCCAUCACAGUCGUCAAAGUCGUGGGGUGCGAUCCAACCGGACCAUGCCCAAAAUGAUGAAAACCGCCAUGGAAGACUAUGUCGACGACGACGAAGAACGCAGCAUGAGUGCCUCUACGCAAUCCUACUUUGGUACGAGCAGCCGGAGACGUCAAAGUGCUACUGGCGCUCCGCCAUCACGAAGGGAUGUGAUGGUUCGCCAAUUGUCGUCCAGACGGCAUUUGGGUACCAAUGUCAAGUCACAACGAUCCUUGUUGGGCGACAGCAACAAACAAAGGAAUACCAUGGACGACUCGUCCUUCUUUGUCACGGGAUCGAGGAUUCGAAGGGGUUCUUCUUGUCGUCAGUUGUUGUGUUAA